AGCAACGUGUGAUGAGUGAGGCAGUCAGAACAGCUGCAGUCGCCAAGCAGCCGCGACGCUGUUGGAAGUUGUUUUUUCGCUGCCAUUUGGCCCAGAUGUUGGGUGUGUGGCCUGCCAAAAGGCAGGCCCAAGAGAGGGAUGGUCAACUGGGAGAAGGUGAAUCCAGACAAUGCGGUGGAUCCUCUUCCACUGCCCUUUUCCAUUAUCGAUGAGGUGAUAGAGGAGAUCUUAGAAGCGGUGGGCGACCAGGUCGACCUCAUUGAAAAGAAGAAAAGGUGUCCGGAAUACGAGUUCGCGUUGCCAGAGGCACGUGCAUCCUUUUUCGUGCAGGUGCCUGGACGGAUAGCAUGUGCCUUUGUGGAACCCCGAGGGACUGCCAGGAUGGCCUUAGGCACCAGCGAAGGGGAAGCGCUUCUGGUCGACAGCCGGAAGGGGGAGGUGGUGGCCCACGCCCAUCCCUUUCCGCAACUUGAGCCAGUGACCUGCGUGUCCAUUUGCUCGGAAACAGCCUACCAGGAUGUUUUUGCCGGACCAGGCAUCGACCCUCCAGCUUUGCCAGUGCCACAAAUGAAGCUCUUCGCUGGCGGAGUGACCACUCCAAAGAUUCUGGUCUACAACAUUCAAAAGGAAAGCUUUGGUGUUGUCUUGAAACCCGCCUGUGCUAUCCAUUUGCCAGAGGCGGAAGAGACUGAGCGUCCUGUGAUAGAGCAACUCCACACCAGGGGUGUCAUUGGUGGCGUUUGGGUUCUUGCGCUCUUGCCCGACAAGACCGUGCGUGUCUACCUGACUCCACUGGGGGAACCCGACCUGGAUGAGGAGGCGAAUGUGGUGCUGGACACGCCCAUUGCAGAAGGUGACGAAGAUGAUGAGGAGGGUGAAGACGAAGAUGGAGGGCCGGCUGAGGAAUUUGCCAAUGCUUUGCAAGUGAAUACAGCAAUGUAUAGCUUCUCGCUGACUCAGUUGGCUCCCAUGCGGCACUUGCCAAUGCCAGAGCUCGACACGAUCACCUUGACGGUCUUCUCGCCUCGACCGCGCGAUGGUGCAUAUGGCAUGGGAGUUUCGGCUGGGCAGGUGCCGACUUUGUGUUUUGCCUCUUCUGUAGAAUCGAACGCAAUUCUCGCGCACUUCAUCCCAUCACCAGCCCCUCUGGUGGCUCCGACUGGUUUGGAGCUGGAUGAGCUUCUGAUGAAGGAAAUCCCCCCGCAUGGCCUUCUCCCUGAUCCUGAGACCAAGCAGCUUCAGCCAAGGAGAAGAUGGAGCAUGCCAGCGAAGACGAGUGCAGUGGCUGUGGCUCCAAAUGGCGGGAUCUUCGCUGUCGGAGGAUGCCAGGGAUCGCUCGCUUUGGUGAACACGGCUGCAGGGCCGAGCCUACGAACGAUGCUGCCAGGGCACUACGGAGCCAUCAAUGCGUUGACCUUCCAUCGAGAUAAGAUCCUGGUCUCUGUGGGUGCAGACUGUUUUGUCCACCAGUACUGCAUGCAAACAGACACCUUGCUGGCGCGACAUUUGUCUUCACCCCCACCAGAGCCGGUGGUCGUUUUGGGUGCUUCUGCAUGUCAAGCCAUGUCACUUGCUAUGACGCUCGAUUCAGAAGGCAGCCUUCGGCUCUGGGACAUCAAGAGGGGCUGCAAGAUAGCCAGAAUGACCUGCGAGAGCUCGCCGCAAGAACCCAAAACCACGGAGACAGCGGAAGACAAGGAUGGUGAGGGAACCACGCCGAAGCCGGUGAUCAAAUUGGAGCAGGAUGAGACACCCAAGCUUCUCCUGUCCACUGCCUCGUCCUUUUGUGCGAUUUGCAUGUCCAUGGGAGCCGAAGAUCCAGCGAUUGAGGGCGAUCCUGAAACCCCAGAGGAUGGCGCCGAUGGAGCGGAGGCUUCUCCUGGUGGAGAAGAAGGUGAUGCGGGAGCCCAAGAACAGGACCGAUCGUGGCUUGUCUUCUUUGACCAAGUUUCUGUGCUCAAGAAGCUCUUCCCAACACUGGCACCAAAGGGGGAUCUGACAAAGGCGUUUGAGGCUUUGUCCAAAGAAGAACUCUCGAAGUUGCAGCCGCAGGGUGUGCCAUCCACCAUGGAGAAGGCUGUUGCAUUGAGCAAGAAGAAGCCUCCAGAAGAUCCAACUCGUGCCUUGCAAACGGCCAAGGCAAAAGACAGGACACGACUGACCAGCAGGGGUCGCAGCGGAAAGCUGGAUACAUCGAACAUCAUGAUUGCCAAGCUGACUGCAGAAAACCUGCGGAAGUUUGCUGCAGCGCAAGCAGCACAACAAGAAGCCGUUGGAGGCGCAAAGAAGGCCUCCUCAUUUGGCUCGGGUGGCUUUGCAAGGUCGGCCACCCUGAAAACAGCGGACAGUAAGAAAGCUGACGAGGCCAUAACACCCCAUGGCGUGCCCAGGAAUUGGCAGGUCAGCGUCCGGAAGCAACUGCGGAAAGGCUUGAGUGGCAAGGAUACUCGCCAAGCUCGGAUCCAGAAGCGUUUGGAUCAAUUGAAGAAGGAGGUUGGUGGCGAAUGAGCCGUCGGAAAAUAUCCUGAAGCAUCCGCAGGCCAUGCAUUGUGCCAUCUCUUUGAAUUUAUGUUUUGCAAUUCAACGACAAGAAUUCUAUGGAAACAUAUGGAAAGUGUUUGUCUCAGCACACUGCACACCGGUUUCAC